AUGCAAAAAACCAUUCGCAUCAGUGAAGGCCAGCUUCUCUACCUAGCCAGCAAAGCCAAGGUAGAGAAUACAAUGUGUGGAUACCUUCAUAAACGCAGCUCUGAUCUGGGCAAAUGGCAACAACGUUACUUUGUUCUAUAUCAGAACGUGCUGUUUUACUAUGAGACAGAGAUGUCGACGCGACCUUCUGGUGUUGCUUUGUUGGAGGGCAGUUACUGCGAUAGGAUUAUUUCUCCAAGCUCCAAAAGCAGGGACACCGACAAACAA